AUGGCUCUCCAGCUCGCACACGAAAAUAAUAUUGACGCUCUACUCAUACAAGAACCUUGGACAUUAAAAGAUCUAACAGCAAAAAGGUCAAUUUCACACCCAAAAUUCGCGCUUUUCUCACCACUAGACGAAUGGCAUACUCGCCCCAGAGUUCUAACCUACAUUAGCAGUUCACAAGGACUGCGCUCAUACCAAAGUGCAAUUAAUACUUCUCCAGACCUACUGCAGGUGGUUAUCUCCACCGGGCGUGGUCGGAAAAUAGCUGUAUGGAAUGUGUACAACGCUCCAGCUGGGUCAAUCAGAGCGGGAGAAGGUCUUAAAAGGUAA